GCCAUCAAGGUUGACUAUCAAAACAGUAAAAGGUUAUUUGAAAUGAUCGGCUUAGAUCAAAAACUGAUUAAUAUUCAUGAGUUUCACAAUUUCGUGACGCCCAUGGCUAUCACAUAUCAGUGAUUCUCUGUCAUCACAUUUAAUAAACCGAACGCCAGCGUGAUCAAAAAGUGUUUAAUUAUUUCCAAUAAUUUCCAAAAAGUAAAAUAAAAUAAAAAAAAUAUGUAUGUAAAUAAAAGCGGGUUACAAACAAAUUGAUUUUUUUUAAAUAUAAAAUAAAAAAUAAUUACAAGUCAAAAUAAAAACGGUUUAUGCGUAUAUAUAUAUUUUACUAAACAAUUGUUUCUGGACAGUAGUGGUCACUGAUUGUUCUACUUGUUGACAAUCCUUUGGAGUGGGAGGGGCUUUGAUAUAUCCAGCUCUGAUUGGAGGGGACAGAAGUCCUAGAUUCAGUGGGCGGGGCAUGCGUUCAUUGUGGCCCACCAGGGCGUCUACAUGGCGGCUGUGGUUGAGACUUUAAAUACAACUAAAGAUUUUAUCACAAGAGGUGACACACGACCGUUCUUUCACGCGCGUGCAUCUGAUAGGCUGUGGAAAAGAUCUGCAAAAAGAUUCUUCAACAUUUCUUCUCAGAAUGGCACCUGAGUAUUAUUUCUCUCUCUCACACACAGGGAUAACAUGUUUGGAGCAAAUAGCUUUCUCUUGUCUCUUGAGUUGUAGCUCUUCUUGAAGCUUGUGAGAUAUUGACGGUCAUCAACUGGAGGAUGGAGCAGGUGGAGCAGAUCAGACCCGAAAGCCCCCAGCUAGAGUCUAUAAGAUCAGAUGUGCACGAGGGUCAGUUCGAUGAGGGAAGUUCCGGCACGAGCACUCGACGGAAGAGAAGAAAGAGAGAAGCCCGGCCAGAGUCCAUUAUUGUGUACCGCUCUGAUACAGAGAGAGCAGCUGGAGAAGAACUUGGAGGAGAUAUUGAGGGUUCAGAGAGGACCACUGAAGAAGGGGCUACUUUUCUGAACAACACUUCUGGUGAAGGUUGGAGUCUACCACCAGACAGCCGCUAUGUGACACUAACAGGAACCAUCACACGUGGCAGGAAGAAAGGUCAGAUGGUGGACAUUCACGUCACCCUUACAGAGAAAGAGCUGCGCGAGAUGGAAAGAUCCAAAGAGCGUCUGGGCUCUGAACGUGAAGACGGAGGGGGAUCGAGCCAUUCGUGUGCUUUCGGGAUUUCUCGAGGGCCACACGUUGUCCUGUGGAGUCUCUUUUGUGCUCCCGUAGUCUUCAUUUUGUCCUUCAUCACUUCGUUCUACUAUGGAACUCUCACGUGGUAUAACAUUUUCCUGGUUUACAACGAAGAACGGACGUUUUGCCAUAAAGUCACAAUUUGCCCCUUUCUCAUCAUCUUGUACCCUGUGCUCAUCGUAGCUCUGUCGCUGUCGUUGGGACUGUAUUCGGCCAUUGCGCAGGUGUCUUGGGCGUUCGGUGAAUGGUGGCUAUCCGUCAGGGACCUGGAGAAGGGCUUUUGUGGAUGGGCUUGUGGGAAACUCGGAUUGGAAGACUGCUCGCCUUACAGCGUGGUAGAGCUGCUGGACUCGGACACGAUCUCUGGGAGUUUGCAGGGAAAGAGUUUACAAACUUCCUCAGUGUAAGUUUUUGAGGCUUUUUACAGACCUCAAAACGAUAUUAAAUAUCAUAUUAGUCCAAAAUCAAAAGCUUAUAUCUGUGUCCUAACCAGGCGGACCAAGUUUCCAGGCUUGACGACAAAAUUGCUGCCUAUCAGAACAUAUUUGAUCUUUAAUAUACAGCUAUCUGGAGUGGCAUUGGGACCAGUGAGAUUUCACAGAGGGCAAAAAGCCAUUUUGGUUCCAGAAGUAUUUUUCCCAUUCAUUUAUUCCAUAGGAGUGUAACACCACAUUUGGUUUGGACUCUGUGUAUGACAAAGACUAAACUAUUGUUUGCUUAUUUUGUCUCUUUCUUGCCAACAAAGUCCUUUUUUUUUGCUUAUCUUUAUUAUCUUUACCUAUUUUUAUUAUCUUUAUUUGUCACAAUGUGUUCCUUUCAUGGUGUGUUUCUUAUUAUACAUUCAUCUUUUUAACAUGUUUACAAUAUUUAUUGUAUUAUAUUUAUUUUAUUAACAGUUUGCAUGUGUGUGAUUUUUAGUAAGGAGAUAAGAAAUAAUUUAUCUAAAUCAAAGGGGUUAAAGAAAGAGCAGAUAUACUGUAAAUGCUUUAAUAACCUUCUCGUAAUUUAAGCCAUAUAUAUAUUGAUAUAUGCAAAUAAACCGUGAAACUUUGUCCGAAAUGAUAUAUAAUCUCAGAGUUGUGUAUGAGGGGUGUG